ACCUCAGGGUGGAGGAAAGGAAGCCCCCAGGAUCAGCUUACUAAUUCGAGGGGCCAUGAAUUAUUCACCACUAUUAGCUCAAGCCCUUCAACCUACCUCUCCUUCCCCUGCUCGACCCUUACCUCCCACCUGUGCUGAGCUUUGCCCAGAGGGUAGGACCCCCCCAGAGGACAUGCUGACUGGGCCCGGGUCCUGUUUGAUGCUGGUCCUCGCUCUGUUGGUACCAGGCCGCAGCGCUGGAGCCACAAAUGGUGUCAAGUGUGGGGGAGUGCUUUCGGCACCUUCUGGAAACUUCUCCAGCCCCAACUUCCCCAGAUUGUACCCCUACAAUACAGAAUGCAGCUGGCUAAUUGUGGCGGCUGAGGGCUCUUCCCUCCUGCUCACUUUCCACGCCUUUGACCUGGAGUAUCACGACAGCUGUGGCUUCGACUUCCUGGAGAUCUACAAUGGAGCCUCUGGGGACAAGGGGAACCUGCUGGGAAGGUUCUGUGGGCAGGUGCGCCCGCCACCCUUCACCUCCUCCUGGCACAUCAUGUCUGUCGUCUUCCACUCCGACAAGCAUGUGGCCCGCCCAGGGUUUUCUGCAGGCUACCAGAAAGAUGUGUGUGGUGGCGUCCUGACUGGCCUGUCCGGGGUCCUCACCAGCCCCGAGUACCCCAGCAACUACCCAAGCAGCGUGGAGUGCCGCUGGGUGAUCCGGGCCUCGGGCCCUGCUGCCAUCAAGCUGGUGUUCAUGGACUUCCAGGUGGAGGACAGCGAGGGCUGCCCUUAUGACUAUGUGGCUGUGUUGGGGGUACCUGGCCCGGCUGAGGGGCACCGCUACUGUGGCCGCACCAGACCUCCCACCCUCGUGUCAUUGGGCCGCGAGCUGCAGGUGGUCUUCAAGUCCGACUUCAACAUCGGAGGCCGGGGCUUUAAGGCCUACUACUUCUCAGGAGAAUGCCAGGAAGUUUACACAGCUGUGCGGGGCAACUUCUCCAGCCCACAGUACCCUGGCCCCUACCCCAACAAUAUCCACUGCCACUGGGCCGUCCGCUUGCCGCCUGGCUACCGGGUCAAACUCUUCUUCCUGGAUCUGGAGUUGGAGGAGCCCAACAGCCUGACCGGGGCCUGUGACUUCGACCACCUGGCAGCCUAUGAUGGGGACAGUGAGGAGGCGAUGCUGCUGGGCAGCUGGUGUGGCCGCCACCUGCCUCCGCCCAUCAUCUCCAGCCAGAACCACCUCCUGCUGCUGCUGCAAACAGACCUCAGCACUGCCCGUCGUGGCUUCUCGGCUGCCUACAUUGGAGUGGUGCCCAUAAACGUGAGCUGCUCGCGCAGCGACUUUCAGAUCUUGAUCUCCAUGCGCGCACUGGCCCCACUGGAGCGCACCAAGGUGUACUUGGGCAGCCGGAGCUGUGCGGCCCAGGAGGUGGGAGGCAACUUCCGAAUCCAGGCCCGCUUCGACACCUGUGGCACCGAGUCUCAGAGACGGAACCACACAUCGGUGAUUGUCAGCGUGCUGUACAUCGACUUUUCGGACAGUGAGCAGGAAGAUGUCCAUGAGUAUGAGGUACGCUGCGAGCCACGGCGCAAAGAGGCAUCCGUGCACCUGCUGUCCGGCUCCGAUUGGCUGGGUCCCUACGCCGCCACUGCCGAGCAUCUGCAGGAGGCACCGCCUAACGACCAGGUGGAGGUGCCAGAGGGGCCCGUGCCUGUGGUGGCCCAGGACACCAGUGACAUGGUCUUCCUGGGCCUAUGCAUCCUGGCCGGAGUCCUCAUGGUCAUUGCCAUUGUGGUCCUGAUGCUGCUGUGAACAGAUGUGGCAGGCACCGAGCAUGGAGCAGAGUCUGGUUGCAGUUUGGGGACCCCACAACAUGGCUGGGCUGGCCAUGAGAUGAUGAGAGCUGGGAGGUCGUGGUCCCUCACCAAGUCUGUUUCCCUGCUCUACCCCUCUCUGGACCUGUAUGAGAGAACAGCACGCAG